AUGCGGGCGAGCAAGCAGAUGUACCAGGAGGCUACCGAGCAGUUGUAUUAUCUGGCUCGCUUUGAAAUGGACCUGGACAUGCGCUACAGGCUUCUUCACGUCAAAGACGUCAUGCGACGGGUCAAAGUACGCCACGCUCCCACACUGAUCCGCGCGAGAUUCCUUUCAGUAGUGAAUCUGACCGUAGGAACUCUUCGCCAAACGGAAGGCUUGGUCGAGACACUGCAUCUCGACGCAGAAUCCGAGCAGUGCAAAGCACUAGUUGAUCUCCUCCCACGCAUGGUUGCAUUGCGGCAACUUGAGAUCCAAAUGAAACACAAAGUCCCGCCAUGUGACGAAUUCUGCGAUACCGAGUACCGACCCUCACUCUCGUUCCUCAGAAGUCUACCUCGCGCGUCACUGGCAAGAUUACGCGUCGAAAUCGAGUGUGCUUAUAAGACAUUCGAUCGCAACUCCAUCGCUUGGGAGCUUGCCGCGAAUAACGUCGCCAGUAGGCUCUCUGAUCCUCUCAAGAGAGAGGUCAAGAGGUGCGCACUGCAUGCAGUUAGGGGAGACGAUCAUCAGUGGAAGGAGUGGAAGGAGGAGGCAAUCCAUAAUGUGGUUCGAUGGCGUCACCAAUUCCUUACCCAUCUCACGCUAGGUUUUGAGAUUACAAUGGCCCAAUACAGGUGA